ACACAGAUCAUAACAAGUUUUAGAAUCUGGGUUCCAUUUUUGACUUGAAAGACGUAUCUGAUCGAACUCAGCCGAUUGUUAAUCUGGAAAAGAAGAAUGUCUAAAGAGCCCAAAAUUCAGAUUCCAAGAGUUAAAUUGGGAAAUCAAGGAUUAGAGGUUUCCAAGUUAGGGUUUGGAUGUUGCGGCCUUAGUGGAACUUACAAUGAUCCUCUCCCAGAGGAAGUUGGAAUUUCAGUCAUUAUGGAAGCUUUUAAUAGGGGAAUUACCUUUUUUGAUACAUCUAAUGCAUACGGACCCAAGACUAAUGAAAUUCUGAUCGGAAAGGCCUUGAAGCAAUUGCCCAGAGAUGAAAUCCAGCUUGCUACCAAAUUUGGUAUUGUUAACGUUGCUGCCAGUGGUUUUCAAGUUAAUGGCUCCCCUGAAUAUGUAAGGAAGUGUUGUGAAGCUAGUCUUAAGCGUCUUGAUGUGGACUACAUUGAUCUGUAUUAUCAGCACCGAGUGGACAAAUCCGUACCAAUAGAGGACACUAUGGGGGAACUUAUGAAGUUAGUGGAAGAGGGAAAGAUAAAGUAUAUUGGAUUAUCUGAAGCUAGUCCGGAUACAAUAAGAAGGGCACAUGCUGUUCAUCCAAUCACAGCAGUACAAAUGGAAUGGUCUUUGUGGACUCGUGAUAUCAAAGAAGAGAUAGUCCCACUUUGCAGGGAACUUGGCAUUGCAAUAGUAGCUUACAGCCCUCUUGGUCGUGGUUUUUUUGGUGGCAAGGCUGUUACAGAAAGCAUUCCUGCAAAUAGUUUCUUGGUAUUUCAAGUUUUGGUUUUUAAAGAAACCUUCCCGCAAAACAGGAAUGAAACUGGACAUCCAAGGUUCACUGGUGAGAAUUUAGAGAAGAACAGAGUGCUUUACAAGAGAGUUGCUAACUUGGCUUCUAAGCAUGGCUGCACUCCAGCUCAAUUAGCUUUGUCUUGGGUUCUCCAUCAAGGGGAUGAUGUGGUUCCAAUCCCAGGGACAACAAAGCUUAAGAAUCUAGAUGAAAAUAUUGGCUCCUUGGCAGUGAAGCUGACGGGAGACGAUGUCGAAGAGAUUACUGAUGCUGUGCCUAUUGAUGAAGUAUCAGGUGCUAGAAUCUAUGAGAAAAUAAACUUACACUCAUGGCAGUUUGCAAAUACACCUGCUAAACAUAGCAACAUUGUGGCAUAGGAUGUGACUGAGCCAAUCACAACUGUCUUUAGCCAUAUUAAGAGAUUUUAAAUCCUUAAUUGUAUAUGUUCUACUUAUAAUUUACUCCUCCUU